UAUAAAGAGAUAUUUCAGACUUUAAAGCAGUUUAAAGUUCUGAUAGGAUAUAACGGAGAGACAUUAAUACAUAGUCAAUAAAAAUAAAUAAAAACCGAAUAAAGGAAUAAAACUGUCAAAAAGACAUCAGCUUACGAAACAGAUAAAACUAUGGCAGAUGAAGGAGGUGAAACAGGUUCGUCCAAUGGUGAACAGCAACAUCAAACUGAUUCGGCAAAUAACAUAUUCAUGAAGAGAAAGAUAUUCAACGAUCCAAUUCAUGGGACAAUGGAAAUACACCCUGUUUGCGUCCGCAUAAUGGAUACGCCUCAGUUUCAGCGGCUGAGACACAUCAAACAGCUAGACGCAUGCUACAUGGUAUAUCCUGGAGCAAGUCAUAAUAGGUUUGAACACUCUAUAGGGGUAAGUUAUCUGGCAGGGAAACUUUUAAAAACUAUCAAAGAACAGCAACCAGAAGAAAACAUUUCAGAGAGGGACAUUCUGUGUGUGGAAAUAGCAGGACUUUGUCAUGAUCUAGGCCAAGGACCGUUCUCGCAUGUAUUUGAAAAAAGGUUUAUGCCUUCGGUAGAAAAGGAGUUUAAGCAUCAAGCCAUGGCAAGAAAAAUGUUUGAUGAUAUGUUGGAGAGUACCGUACUUAAAGAGGAUAUUCAGAGGAUUUUAGGAGAAUGUAACAUACAAGGCUUAAGAGAGUUCACAGAAGAUGAUUUUACAUUUAUCAAAGAAAUGAUCGAUGUACCCAGACAAUUGGAGCAACAAGGCUCGUGGCCAUACAAGGGUAGAGAGGAAAACAAAAGCUAUAUGUAUGAGAUUGUAGCUAACGGAAGAAACGGAAUUGAUGUAGAUAGGUGGGACUAUCUAGCACGUGAUAGCUACAUGUUGGGACUAAAGAUAAAUUUCGACUACAAUAGAUGUUUCGCUACUGCACGGGUUUUGAAAUGCGACGGUUUAGAGAGGAAACAAAUAUGUUACAGGGAAAAGGAAGCACAUGGUUUGAUCAGCAUGUUUUACACCAGGAUGACUCUAUACAGACAGGCAUAUCAACAUAAGACACACUCUGCUAUCGGCAUGAUGAUUUAUGACGCCCUUAAGGAUGCAAAUGACAAAAUUGAAAUUGCUGGAAAGAGCAUUUCAGAUGCAGUUGACGACACGAAAGCGUUUACACUUUUGACAGAUGACAUGAUCCUUACCAUUUUAAAUCCUCUAUUAAGUGUUACACCAUUCAAAAAGCCUGGAAGCGGGGAUCCUACUAAGGCUAAGAAAAUACUCGACAACAUUUACAAGAGGAAUCUUUACAAGUUUGUUACAGAAUUGCACAUUCCGGUAAACAACGUAGUUAUCAAUAUUUUUUAUCCUAGUUUAUUAAUUAAAGAAAUAUAGUUUAUUCUGAAAGCCUACUCUCUAUUAUGCAUAAAUAGAUUUAAAUUUGUAUUUAAGAAAAUUAUCUGAAGAAAAUAAAAUGCAUGAUUUUAUAUAUAAUGCUUAA